AUGCAGCGCGGCGACCGGGUCAGCGGGCGACGCGGCAGCGGUAUCUUCACGGGCCUGGCGAGCUGCUCUGACUGCGAUCUGCUGGGCGAGUACCUGCCAGAGUCCGAUGCGCUGCUGGCCGACUGCAAGGCGUGCUGCGUGAAGGACGUGCAAGAGGCGGCGAAGUUCACAAAGGCCGUCAUAGAGCUGUGCCCCUUCAAGCGCGCCGGGCUGCCGCAGAUCGAGGAGUUCAUCAAGAAGCAGAAGAAGGCGUUCGGCGCGGCACUGUCCGUCCGCGAGUACCCCGGCGCCUACCCCAAGCUGGUGCUGUCGGACAAGGCCAGCGGCGCGCACAGCAGCAUACGCAUCGACAACUGGCGGGCGUCCACCAUCGCAGAGUACCUGCGGGACAAGCUCACGCUGCCGGCGGCGGCGGCGGCGGGCAAGAAGGCCGCAGCGUCGUGA